CUAAAACUCCCACGUAUUUGCUGUCACUUUAUGUUGCCCAACGUGAUUUCCCAAUAUCUCUUUACUCCCCCAGGUUUUGUGUCAUGUUUAUUGUGUUUAAAUUAGAGAUUGUUUAUAAAUUGAUCUCUAUGUUUGCUCUUGUUCACUUUUAUUUCUCUUCUUUUAUGAAAUAUAUCAACACACAGACUAGAAAGUAAAGAUACUAAUGGUUGUUGUCUUGAACAAUUGUAUUUUCACAUGAAAGAACACAAAAUUAAACCCGCUGUGUUGUAUCACCAACCCCGCACUUUUGUUACAUUGGAAUUUCGUGUAUAAAUAACACUUGUAGUUUUCAACCUUUCUUACUUCUUCUUCAUUCAUUUCUCUACACUCAAAUAAAAUCAUGACUGUCACUAACCCUCACGCUGAAACCUCAAAGAACGCCUUGGCCCUUUUAAAGAGCUUAUCCAGCAACUUAGACGGCUGGAAUUUCACACAAGAAAAGGACGGUGUUAAGCUUUACAACAAGACCGUGGAUUCUAGCCCUGUUGCUAUUGUGCGUGGUGAUACCAGCAUUGUAGGUCAUGAAUUCACACCUCAACAAAUUGCCUCCGUCGCUACUUUGCCAGGUGCUCGUAAGAUUUGGGAUGAGAAGUUUGAUUCUUCUGAUAUCAAGCAAAUGUACUCAAGACUCGAGUCCUUGUUCUGGGCUAAAGUCAAGACCCCUUGGCCCAUCAGUCCUCGUGAUAUGUGCUCCACUUCUUUGCGUGAAAUCUCUGAAGAUGAGUGCUACGUUGUCAUGAACUCUGUUGAGGAUGAAGCUAUCCCUCCUGUAUCAGGUUGUGUGCGUGCUAAUUUAAUUAUCUCGGGCUGGAAGGUGCUCAAGACAGACACGGGUAUUAACUUGACUUAUAUUACCCAAAUUGACUUGGCUGGUUCCAUUCCUACUGCCUUCUUAAAGAGUGUACAACAACAAGUCCCUCUUUGUGCUGGCUCUGUCGUCAAGUACGCCCAAACUUAUGGUUAUCCUCCCACUACUGCUACUUGUACUGCUACAUUCAAGUCUGAGAACUUUGAACACGCCAAAAAGGCAUAUACCGCUUCCUUGGAUGGUACCGGUGAGUGUAGUUGGUUGAUCUCCAAAAAGAUGUAUCCUUCAGGUACAAAGGUAGCCAUCACUGGUGAGGCUAAGCAUGAACUUUCUGAAGAUCGUCUUGUGCUCACUGAAAUUAACGGUCCCGUUACUGUUACCAUCACUAAAGCUUAAUUUUCUUUUUCAUAUAAAUAAAUAAAUAUCUUUCCUUUUUGUAAACCUUCUUAC